GAGUGUUUGUUUGUGUGUGUGUGUGUGUGUGUGUUUGUGUGUGUGUCAACUAUAUGUAUGUGUGUAUACUCAUAUGUCUGUGUUUAUCUGUAUCUAUGUAUGUGUUUGUGUACAUGAGUGUGCAUGUGUGUGUAUACUGGUUGUGUGUUUGCGUGUUAAAAUGUAUACGUAUUUGUACAUGCAAAUCUGCUGUGUGUGUGUGUGUGUGUGUGUGUGCGUACUCUUGUGUACGUGUUUAGGGGAAUGUAUUAAUGUGGAGGUGUGAAUGUGCGUGUUUGUGUGUCCUUGUGAGCAUGUGUGUGUACGGUUGUGCUAAUUCCUUCAUGUGAGAAUCAGUGGGAUCACACUUACACGCAUACACGCACACACACACACGCACGCACACUCCGCCUGAUGUCGUUUCCGCAUGCUAACUCAGGUAGCAUGCAGAUAAUCGUGUGUGAGUGGCGAGGGCGCGUCGGCUGCGUUCCAUAAGCCUCCAGUCACCCCUAGAGACUCACACACACUCCUGACACACACACACACAGCUGCUGAUGAGUUUUGUGAGUGUCUGUGUGUGUGCGUGUGUGCGCGCGCGCGUGCGUGCAGCUGCAUUCAUCAAUAAAAUCACAGCUGAUUGGAUUUGGGGUUUGGUUGCACUUCAAAGCUUCUGUCCUGGAGGGGAAAACUUCCUCAAAGUUUUUAAAUGGGCGUGCUGCAGCCUCACUCCCUUCUGCCUUAUGCUAAGGUAAUAGCUAACAGUGCUCAAUGACAUGCAGUGUCAUGUAUCCUCCACUAGGGGGUGCCAGAUCAGAUUUGUGUUAAAACUCGGGGCCCGAAAAUGAAGGCACUGUUUCAAAUGAAUUCGACUCCAUUUUUCCUUGCAGACUCGACAGCGAGUAUUGCUGACUACUUUCAGGUCAUUUCGUCAUCUCGCUUGGACAGGAAAGGAAAGGAAAGUUCCUUAAAACCUAAAACGGGAGUGGCCCUCUGACGUGACUGAUGACCUCCAAAGUAGACCGAUCACGAAGGAAGGAAGCGGCGGCGAGAGGAGAGGACGCCACUUCACAUUUCACGAUGAGUUGGUUCAGCACGCGUGCGCUGACGCUGCUGUCGUCUUCGUUCGGGGGGUGCGGCCUCCUCCUGGUGGGCGCGGCCGUGUCCAGCGACUAUUGGCUGCUGAUGGAGGAGGGCGUGGUCCUGCAGCAGAACCAGAGCACCCAGGUCAAGAUGGCGCUGCACUCGGGCCUGUGGCGCGUCUGCUUCGUGGCAGGCCCCGAGAACGGUCGCUGCGUGGCGUCCGAGUACUUCAGCGAACCUGAGGUGGAGAUCACCACGGAGAACACGGCCAACAUCCUCAAAAUGGUGCGCACGGCCACGCCGUUCCCGGUGGUGUCGUUGCUGUUCGUGUUCAUCGCCUUCGUGGUCAGCAGCGUGGGUCACGUCAGGCCCCAGCGGACCAUCCUGGCCUUCGUCUCCGGAAUAUUCUUCAUCCUGUCAGGCCUGAGCCUGGUGGUGGGCCUCGUCUUGUACAUCUCCAGCAUCAACGAUGAAGUGAUGAACCGACCGCGCGAGGCCGAGCAGUUCUUCCACUAUCGCUACGGAUGGUCCUUCGCACUCGCCGCCUCCUCCUUCCUGCUUAAAGAGGGCGCAGGCGUGAUGUCGGUCUACCUCUUCAUGAAGCGCUACGCCGAGGAGGAGCUUUUCCGGCCGCACCCCGCCCUCUACCGCCCUCGCUUGUCGGACUGCAGCGACUACAGCGGCCAUUUCCUGCACCCCGACUCGUGGGCGCCGCCCCCGCGCAGCCGCAGCAAAUCUGACGUCUCCUCGGACAUCUCCAUCCAGCUCAACCAUGCCGCGCCCCCCUCUUCCUCCUCCUCCUCCUCUUUCCAGCCGCACCCCCUCCUUCACGCCGCCGCCCACACCUUCCCGCGGGCGCCCCACGGGCAGCCCUGGUCCCACCUGGGCGACCACCUUCCCAUGGCGGCCCCUCCCUCGGCCGUUCUUCCACCGCGCUACCACGCGCACAUGCGGAUGAGCGCCUCGCCGUGCUAAGCUGUGUG